AUGCCAGCAGCACACCAGCAGCAGAACCUCCCGUGGCUCGCCCUGUGCCUCCAGAGGCUGAUGGGGAGGCAAAGGAUAACAAUCCCGCCCGUGUUGUCAGUCCAGGGCCUGAGCAUCCUGAACCAGCCCCAAGACCAGAGCUUCCUGCCAGUCAGGACUCCUCGGGCCGGGCAGGAAAGGCAGAGCGGCAGCAGAGGAUGGAUAGAGCACCAAGAGCCCUGGAGUUCAGCCUGUCCACAUGCCAUAGCUGACCCCAGGUGCUUGGAGCUGCAGACUGGGCUGCAAGCUUCCUGGAGUCCCUGCAAGCCAUGGAAGGAGUUGGCUGCAUUUGAGGGAAAGCGCCACUCCUCACCAGACAGGGCGUUUGAAGCGGCACCUGAGACAGCAGAGGAAUCACAGCCUCAGAGAGAUCUGCUGAAGGAGGAAGUUCCUCUGGCAGUGACAAAGGUUUGCCGCUCGCAGCGGCCAGCACACAGGACUCUGGAGAAGCUGCUCCAGGAGUUUUCUCGCCAAGGGCACACGCUGUCCCAGGUGUGCAAAGAGAAGGCAGUGCUGGCGGAAGAGAACGCUGCCCUGCAAGCCCGACUGGCAGCCACAGAGCGGGACCUACGAGGCCUUUUGGAGCAGCUGGCAGAGGCCAGGACAGAGAAGGAGAGCUUGCAAUGCAGCCUGUUGGAGGCUCUGCAGCAGGUGUCGGAGCUGGAGAUCACCAGGAGCCGUCUGGAAGGCCAAGUAGGCACAGCCAUGCAGGCCAAGGAGCUGAUACUUGAGGAUGUCAGGGGCCUUCGUUGUGAGCUGCAAGCUGUAAGAUCUUUCAGCAAGCAGCAAUGUGAAGAAAUGGCCCAACAGCUCCGCUUGGCAGAAGAGCAGUUCAGCAAAGCUCUGAGGCUCUGGCAAUCUGCUCAGGAGGAGGAGAAAAGGAAGCUCCUGCAAAAACAGGUAGGAAGCAAUACACACCUGAACUUUUCAGGCAAGCUUGGUGGGCUGGCUUAGCAGAAUAGCAGCCUGAGAAUGGGACAUGGCCGCAAGCCUCUGCUGCAGGCCUGACGUUGCUGGGCCAGGCAGCAGAGGGCUUCAAGGGCUCAGACUUGAAG